AAUCUUUGUUUACAAGUCACAGGGAAGUUUAUGCAUUUCGCUGUGCGGCUGCCUAGAGGUCGCUGGUUAAUAUUUUACUUUUCUUAUCCACUAGUUUACGUUUUGCCUUAAGGCAGUAAUAUUCAACUGCCCAAAUGGUUGCAACGCCUGGUGUCUAUAUCGCCAAGGGCUGGUUGAAAGAUUUUCUAGCGUUUUCCGGCUUGUUGGCGUUGAGCAGGGGUCUAGCGCCGGCUUGGGCGAGAGGUGGUGGGGCCCGGCUUGCCCUGGAGGUUCCUGUGUUCCCUCUGGACGUAGAGGGCGCCUGGCUCUCACUCUGCCGGGGUUGUUACCCUGUGUGUGGUGUGGGCCUGCACUGCUUGGGGUAUUCGGGUGACGCCAGGUGAGCAGCGCCACUUGGCAAAAGGUUUUCUUUUGCCGUCUGGCUUUGUUUUCAUACUGGAAUUCCGGUUCAGCAGUGUGCAUAUGUCUAGUUUCGUCGUCGCCCCCAAAUCAGCAGCAACAACAACAGUGAAGUGUGUCUCCGACGCUAGUGGACAGUAAAAGAUCAAAAAUGAUGGAAGAGUGAGACAGCCUGGGGCUGACUGGUAGAACGAAUUCAGCAGAGGAACAACUUGACCUCCCGUCAUAUAGUUCGUUCAAGUGAAUACACACUAUUAUCAACUUCUCCUGCACUACGGCACCAUGGUAACACAUCUGAAGCACCGUGCAAGCAUUAUCAACAUCUCAUGCACUAUGGUAACAAAGGAAACGUGAAUUUAAAUACAAACUUAGUGUAUCGUUAAUUUUAAAAUCUCGGUAUUUAUUAAUUUAUGUGUAUGUGCUAUUUAUAUUUUAAUAAUUUUGUUUGACAAGAAAACAUUUUAAUUUUAAGUUAUUUUUGCAGGGUACUUUUAUCCUUAGGUCCCAAUGUAAACAAGUUUAAUAUGUAUUUUCCAUUUUAAAACAUUACACACUUUUCUCCUAUCGAGUUACAGUAUUGUAAAUGUUGCGAGAGCAUUUAAAAUAAAUCUUUAAACUGUAUAGUAAUUUUGAUUUUUUUUCUUAGGCAAUUUACUCUAGUAGCUCAAAAGGCUCUCCAAGUAAGAUAAUAUAUCAGUGUUCUUAAUGCUCAGAUUUUUUUUAUAUAUUUACAUGAAGGUAUAGGGGAUUUCAAAAUAUUAUGAGCAUGCACACGGUACAUUGGAUCGGUAAUUUCUUGUUAAACUCUCAUACACAAAUAACAAAUCACAUGAGGGCCCAUUGUACCUGAAACUUGUGCUACGGCUAUAUUUAUAAGACAUACCUAAGUUCUGUGGGUAUUUAUAAUAAGACAUACCUAAGUUCUGUGGGUAUUUAUAAUAAGACAUCCCUCAGUUCUGUGGGUAUUUAUAAUAAGACAUCCCUCAGUUCUGUGGGUAUUUAUAAUAAGACAUCCAUUAGUUCUGUGGGUAUUUAUAAUAAGACAUCCCUCAGUUCUGUGGGUAUUUAUAAUAAGACAUCCCUCAGUUCUGUGGGUAUUUAUAAUAAAGACAUCCCUCAGUUCUGUGGGUAUUUAUAAUAAGACAUCCAUUAGUUCUGUGGGUAUUUAUAAUAAGACAUCCAUCAGUUCUGUGGGUAUUUAUAAUAAGACAUCCAUUAGUUCUGUGGGUAUUUAUAAUAAGACAUCCAUCAGUUCUGUGGGUAUUUAUAAUAAGACAUCCAUUAGUUCUGUGGGUAUUUAUAAUAAGACAUCCAUCAGUUUUGUGGGUAUUUAUAAUAAGACAUACCUCAGCUCUGUUAUUAUACUGUAAUAAGACAUCCCAAAUUCUAUGGUUAUUUUUAUAAUAAGGCAUUUCUCAGUUCUGUAGUUUUGUUUAUAAUGAGACAUUUCAGUACUGUGGCUGUAUUUAUAAUAAGACAUCCCUCACUGCUGUUCAUAUAUGUUUAAUGAAACAUUCUUCAGUGCUGGAGCUAUAUUUCUAAUUGGACUUAAUAACCUUGGAGGAAAGGACGCAUAACGCAUUAGAGGGAUUUUUUAGGUCCCGUCUAAUAUUGUUUCUGGUCUUUUAUCCUACUACCUUCUUCCUUUUUUGUUUGUGUUUUAUUAGGUAUUUUAGGUAUUAAUAUUAUAAUAUAAUCCUGUAUAUUUUUUUAGACAUUUAGUUAAAUCUUAGAAAAAAGACUUGCCACAGGGUUUGUUUUGCUUGUUUAUAAAAUUGUACACAGACACUAACUUUCCUCCUGGUGAACACAAGUGGAAAAGUACAUUUGGAUGUUUGCUUUUGCACUUGCUGAAUCACAGGAAAUAUUAUAGUGUACAGUAUAUUUUAUGUCUAGCAUAUUUUCUAAUAUAAUAAGCACAGUAUUAUCUUAUUAUUUAUGAAUAAUACAAGUGGUUUACAUAUUGUACAAUUUUUCCAUUCUCUUGUAUCUUUGAAAUGUAAUUAUUUAUGCAUUUGACAGUCCAAGUGUUUUAUGCAUCUUUUAAAAAUAAUUGUUUUAGUAAUGAACAAAAGGUCAUCCAUUUUAAGUCAUCGUGAAUAUGUAACUAAGAUUUUUCUCUAAUAUUUAUAAAUAAUACAAAAAUGUAUUUAGGAGAAAAAUACCAAUAAUAAUUGUCUAUAAGACUUAACUAAUGAAAUGUAGGAUAAUUCAUUAUACAAUACUUAGGGUUUUUGGAUAACAUAACUUUUGCCUACAGGUAAAUACAUUUAUUUACUUCUAAAAAAAAAAAAAAAAAGAUUUGAAAAACAAUUUUAAACAAAAGGAAGUGUAAUAAGACACGUGAGGAUUCAUACAGGAGAGAAACUAUAUUACUGUUCAGUGUGUUAAAAAGACUUUUGAUGUAAAUCGAGUACAGUAAAACAUAUGAAACGUGAUAGAAUUUGCAUUUAGUUAAUCUUGGUAAUCUGUACGAAUAUUUAAUAGCAAAACUUCAUCAGUGUUGAAUGUUCAAAAUUAUAUUAUGAAAACAUCUUGCAUAAUAGCACACAAAAACAUUUUUAGAGAAGAAAAUCAAUAUUAAAUGUUCAUUGUCUAAACUACUUUAAAAAUAUAAAAAAUUAAUUAUGAGCGCCUAUUCAGGAGAAAAGCCAUAUCACUGUAAAGUAUGUCAAAAAGACUUUAAAUAUGAAUCAUUGUUAAUAAUACAUAUGAGGAAACAAACAAGAGAGAAACCAUAUCACUGUUCAGUGUGUCAAAAAGACUUUUCACGAAAAUCAGAUCUAAUAUCACACAUGAGGAUUCAUACAGGAGAGAAACCAUAUAACUGUUCAGAGUGUCAAAAAGACUUUUCACAAAAAUCAGGUCUAAUAUCACACAUGAGGAUUCAUACAGGAGAGAAACCAUAUAACUGUUCAGAGUGUCAAAAAGACUUUUCACAAAAAUCAGGUCUAAUAUCACACAUGAGGAUUCAUACAGGAGAGAAACCAUAUAACUGUUCAGAGUGUCAAAAAGAUUUUUCAAAUAAAUCAAUUCUAAUAUCACACAUGAGGAUUCAUACAGGAGAGAAACCAUAUAACUGUUCAGAGUGUCAAAAAGAUUUUUCAAAUAAAUCAAUUCUAAUAUCACACAUGAGGAUUCAUACAGGAGAGAAACCAUAUCACUGUUCAGUGUGUCAAAAAGACUUUUCACGAAAAUCAGAUCUAAUAUCACACAUGAGGAUUCAUACAGGAGAGAAACCAUAUAACUGUUCAGAGUGUCAAAAAGACUUUUCACAUAAAUCAGGUCUAAUAUCACACAUGAGGAUUCAUACAGGAGAGAAACCAUAUAACUGUUCAGAGUGUCAAAAAGACUUUUCACAAAAAUCAGGUCUAAUAUCACACAUGAGGAUUCAUACAGGAGAGAAACCAUAUAACUGUUCAGAGUGUCAAAAAGAUUUUUCAAAUAAAUCAAUUCUAAUAUCACACAUGAGGAUUCAUACAGGAGAGAAACCAUAUCACUGUUCAGUGUGUCAAAAAGACUUUUCACAAAAAUCAGUUCUAAUAUCACACAUGAGGAUUCAUACAGGAGAGAAACCAUAUAACUGUUCAGAGUGUCAAAAAGUCUUUUCACAAAAAUCAACUCUAAUAAUACACAUGAGGAUUCAUAGAGGAGAGAAACCAUAUCACUGUUCAGAGUGUCAAAAAGUCUUUUCACGAAAAUCAAAUCUAAUAUCGCACAUGAGGAUUCAUACAGGAGAGAAACCAUAUAACUGUUCAGAAUGUCUAAAAGAUUUUUCAACAAAAUCAAGUCUAAUAAGACACAUAAGGAUUCAUACAGGAGAGAAACCAUAUCACUGAACAGUGUGUCAAAAAGUCUUCAACAAAAUGAAGUCUAUUAAAGCACAGCAGGAUUCAUACAGCGUAAAUGCCAGUUGAAUAUUGUGUCUAAAGGCUUUUAAUGUAAAUUAUGUACAAUAAGACAUGAAACCUGAUAGAAUUUGCAUUUAGUUAACCACUGUGAUGU